CUUCCGGUCUAGUUUCACCAUGUGUAGGCAAUGUUGAUAUCAGCAAGUGGGUGAGAAAUUUGCCGGUUUCCAUUUUGGAUCUACGUGAAACGAUGCCUCUUCCACGGUUGACGGGCGCACUGAGAGCGUUCUCUUCUGUGUCUGCCCAAGAUUCAGACACGGGACAGAAUGCCGACUUGUCCUCAGAUCUGGCAAGAAGAAGACAGCUGGCAAGAGAGGAGCAAGCUAAAGAGGGGUUGUCCUGGAAAAAACUGAAUCAGCUCAUAUCCAAGCAUGCUAAAGCUGAUGAAAAAGAUGUUAAUGCUCAUUUAAGGCAGCUUCUGCAAGCAGCAAAAACCCUCGUUGGCAGUGACUCUGAUACAGGCACCGUAGAGGGUGCAGCUGCAUUUCUUGUGGACACCUUCAAGACCACAAAAACAGUUGGACAAAGGGAAAGCUCAAAAUUACGCAGUUUAUUCGGUCACCUUCCUGCAAGUGCAGCGACAAGUGCUUGUGAUGCAGUGAGGAAAGUGGUAGACCUUCUCCCAGACUAUGGUCUGGAGGAAUUAGCAACACCCAGUGUCAGUGACAAGAAAGCAACUGUUACAGGGAUAGAGGAGUUUGGGAAAAACAUUCAUUUUAAUGCUGACGCACAGCUGGAAACAAGCUUUUCAGAUUCAGAAACAGAUGAUGAAUAUGAAGAAGAAGCUAACCAUGAGUUCGAUCUCAGGUACGGCAUGGGAGAGGAUGCGUCUCAAGCAGCAGGGUUAAGUUAUGAUGGCAAAUGGCUGCAGAUGGAGGUAGCCAAAAGCUUUUCUGAGGACAGUGGGGUGUCAGUCCUUGAUAUCUGUGCUUCUGUAUUUGAUAUACUUAGCUCUGCAAGAUCUGAUGAAGAGAUUCAGAAUGAGCUGUUUGAGCUUUUAGGUUUUGACAGAUUUGAAUUGAUUCUGAAGCUAUUAGAGCAUAGAAAAGAUGUUAUUGCAGCAACUUUAAGCACAGGGACAGAUUACAUGAUGGCAAAGAGCACAGGAAGAAAGACAGAUCCAUCUGCAAGGCCUAAUUAUGGUUGUCAAGUUACUAUACAGUCUGAGGGAGAGAAGCAACUUCGAAAGCAGCUGAGAAGGGAAGAAAAGAAAAUGUCGAAGUUGGACAACAAGAAGUUGCAAGAAGAUGAACCUCUGAUGCAAGCCCUGGGGUUUGAUCCUGAAAUAUUGAGAGCACAGAGGGAGCAGGCAUUAAUUACUGCAGCAACUGCUCCUCUGUUCUCCCAGAGGUCUUCAAGAGCACCAGAGAGAAUUCAAUACCCAAAUGUUUUUGACAGUUUUGCUGAAGCACAACAAUCAUCUGCUUUUGUGGGAGGAAGCAAGAUGCUCCUACCAGAGGGCUUUGAACGAGUCAACUGUAAGAUGUAUGAAGAGGUAAACCUUCCAGCUUCUGAGAAAGCUCCAGUGAAUGUUGGGUGUCAGCGUGUGCAAAUAUCUGCUCUUGAUGAGAUUGCCAGGCUUGCUUUUCAAGGCACAGAUUCAUUGAAUCGAAUUCAGUCUGUUGUGUUUGAUACUGCCUACAAAACCAAUGAGAAUCUUCUGAUCUGUGCCCCCACUGGAGCAGGGAAAACUAACAUAGCCAUGCUGACUAUUCUGCAUGAAGUGAAGCAGCAUAUUGACCAGGGGGUGAUAAAAAAGGACGAGUUUAAGGUGGUAUAUGUCGCCCCCAUGAAAGCCCUGGCAGCAGAGAUGGUGCGAAACUUUGGUAAGAGACUGCAACCACUGGGAAUAACGGUCAAAGAACUCACUGGGGACAUGCAGUUGACCAAGCAAGAGAUCAUGCAAACACAGAUGCUGGUGACAACACCAGAGAAAUGGGAUGUGGUGACAAGGAAAAGCACUGGAGAUGUGGCCCUGUCACAGCUGGUCAAGUUGCUGAUUAUUGAUGAGGUCCACUUACUUCAUGAUGACCGAGGGUCGGUCAUAGAAAGCUUGGUGGCCAGGACUCUCAGACAG